AUGGCAGCACCGAUCAACGACUGGCUGGCUCAAACGGUUGAGCCGACCCUGGAACCUGAUUUGUCCAUCUGCGACCCGCAUCACCAUUUUUGGGAUCAGCGACCCGACCGGGUUGAGCCACGCUACAUGCUGGACCAGCUCAUGGCCGACACCGGCAGCGGCCACAACAUUGUGUCCACGGUGUUUGUGGAGGCGCGGUCGAUGUACCGGGACGGGGCAUCGGACGAGAUGCGCCCCGUCGGCGAGAUGGAAUUCGUGCAGGGCAUCGCUGCCCAGAGCGCCAGCGGCAUCUACGGCAACACCCGCGCGGCUCACGGGAUUGUGGGCCAUGCGAAUCUGCACCUGGGGAGCAAUGUGCGCCCGGUGCUGGAAGCGUUGCGCGCGGCCAGCCCCAACCGGUUCAGCGGCAUCCGCCACGGCGUGGGAUGGGACCCUCAUCCGGAGAUUGCCAGCCCCGGCGCGUAUCCGUUCCCGAAUCAACUUGCCAGUGACCACUACCGGGCCGGCGCCCGGGUGCUGGCCGAAAUGAACCUGUCGCUGGAUGUGUCGUGUUUGCAUCCGCAACUGCCCGAGGUGGCCGAUUUCGCCCGGGCCGUUCCCGACCUGACCAUCGUGCUGAACCAUGUGGGCGGCCUGAUGCGUACGGGACCGUAUGCCAGUAAUCCGGACGAAACGAUGGCCAACUGGCGCGCCGGGAUCGCGGCGGCAGCCUCGGCUCCCAACGUGGUGCUCAAGCUGGGCGGCGUCGGGAUGGCUCGCACGGGGUUCGACUGGCAUCAACGCUCGACACCGGUUGGCUCAGAAGAGGUGGCGACGUCGAUCGACCCGAUUAUGCGUUACUGCAUCGAACAAUUCGGGCCGAGCCGCUGUAUGUUCGAGAGCAACUUCCCGGUGGACAAGGAAUCGUUCUCGUAUCAUGUGAUGUGGAACGCCUUCAAGCGAAUGUCGGCGGACUUUUCGGCCAGCGAGCGGGCGGAUAUGUUCCACGAUUGCGCGGCGCGGGCGUAUCGUUUGGGGUAG